AUGGACAUGCUCUCCUGCGAGAGCUUGGGCUGCAAGAUCGCCACCGGGGACUUCCGCGCGGAGACCUGCGCGCUGCCCACGCCCAAGGAGUUCACGUGGCGCAGCUGGGCCUUUGUAGGUUUGGGGCUUAUGGCCGCACUGGCCAUCGCCCUCACCUGCCUCUAUGUGCGUUUCCCCUCGGUGCAGCGCCUGGUGCGCUGGGCUGAGCGCCCGAGUACUCGCCGGAAGACGGCGGAGAUGAGCUCUGAGAGCUCCAGCGAGUGA